AUGUCCAAGCACCAGCAUCGGCCACGAAAGUGCCGCGUUCUCCAUCCCCCUCCAUUAUUCUGGGAUAGGCUCAGCAGACUGUGGUUGACUAAGAGCGCGUUACGAGAAGUCCACCGGAGAAGCACGCUCUUGUCUCCAAUCCAGGAGCCCUCACCCAGUCCUGAUAUCUUUGCCCCUGAAUUCCUGCGCAACUGUUCUGCUACUACCUUGCGCGAGCUUAAACAAUUUUCCCACUGUGGAGGGCCAGAUACUUCGGACCUUAGAGGCGGCCUCGCCCCUGACACGGAGAUCAAGACAAAGACCGGAAACACAACCGUUUACGAUGCACACUUUGAGAGCCAUAUAAUCGACCAUGGCGUUUUCCUGUCAUCGUCCACAUACCCGGAUGGUGUUGAGCCAUCCGAACCGGCGAACCUUGACGAAAUACGAACGAGAUUACGGGCGCGUCGGCCUUCACUCGAUCUGUCAUCACAAUCCCUACAAAAGGAGUAUAAGGAAUUUUGCAGGCUCAACGAUAAGGCUACUAGUGAGCAGCUGGUCCUCAAAGACAUCUUACCCAUUCUUGAGGGUAAGAAAACGGCUUGCUUCCAAACGGGCGGUGGACACCUGUUCAAUAAUCUUGCUCCUUUAACUGACGGCACUCUAGCAAAUGCGAAGCCCGAUCUCUACUACGGUGCAACCCCAAACCAGCUGAACGCCGAUAUUCGGAAACAGUUGAACGACCAAAUUAUGCCGUCAAAUAAGAGCAACCGACCGGUGGCACCGAACCUUUUUGUCGAAAUGAAAGGUAACGAGGGUUCUGUUCCUGCGGUUCACCGCCAGGCCUGUUACGACGGCGCUCUAGGUGCACGGUCUAUGCACUCUCUCCAGCAAUACGGGAAUGAGACUGGGCUGGACCGUUAUGAUAAUAACGCCUAUACUCUAGAAUUUACUUAUCAUACCGGAACUCUUGGGAUGUACGUCACACACCCUACAAGGCCUAGGCUGCAGGGUGACCCCGGCCGUCAAACGGAUUAUGUGAUGACGAAAAUUGGCAAAUGGGCAUUGGACGGUGACUCGGAAACGUAUAAGCAUGGUUCAAUUACCUUUCGGAAUGCCAGAGAUCUGGCUCAAGAAUACCGGGACGAGUUUAUCAAGCGGGCAAACGAGCGUCAUGAAUCCGGUCGUUGUUCAGACCAAGCAACUGGUGAUUCUGGCGAGACUGAGGAGACAGCAAAAUAG